AUGCGUGGAACAUUUGGAACAGUUAUCACACCAAGUCCGCCUAUCGAUGUGAAAGACGUGAUAGUGAAGCUGAAAAACAUUGCCGCAAACCAACAGAAUUCCGAAGCCCUUACAACACUGAAGUCAAUGGAAUCAAACCAGAAGAAUGUCAUUGCCAAUUCCACUCAACCUCAAAGGUGCAUCGAGAUGCUUUCAACUGAGAACGGCCUCCACGCUAAGGACGUCACCAUCAAAUCUCCUCAACCUCAAAAAUGUGUCGAAGAAACAGUUCCAACUCAGAAGAGUACGGUAGUGGAAGGUGCCUCAAAGCCAAGCACGACUGCCGUUCGUGUACCAAGCCAAAAAUCCUCUACUCUUUUCAAACCCAGAAAACAAGGACGUUCAGCAAACAUCAGUAACGCUACGGAUUGCAGUCCGAUAGCUUUAGCGGCACGGAAACUGAAAUUUUGCUGUCAACUUGCCCAUGGCUCCCCCACUGCCAUCAUCUCCAACUUCUCCUCCAUCAACGAACUUUUCCAGUCCAUCGCUGGCUGCUUCAACAUCUCCCCUGAUGACAUUAUCUUCUGCACAAUCAACACCUUCAGGGUAGCUGUUUUCUGGGAGCUUGGAUUUUGCUGUCAACUUGCCCAUGGCUCCCCCACUGCCAUCAUCUCCAACUUCUCCUCCAUCGAUGAACUUUUCCAGUCCAUCGCUGGCUGCUUCAACAUCUCCCCUGAUGACAUUAUCUUCUGCACAAUCAACACCUUCAGGCCCGAUAUGGAUAAGCUGUUUUCUGGGAGCUUGGAAUACUCGGACAUGUUGUUUGCUCACGUGAAAGGACAAGCUGUCGAAGUGGAGCUUACUAAAACUGAACCGUAA